AUGAACGCUGACAGCGAUGAUCAAAAAAUUGUGAAGGAUAUUGUUAACAAAACUGUAUCACGAGUAUGUCGUCGUGAUAAUGAACGAAAUAGGCAGUUACAAAAUAGAAACGAGAAAAAGAAAUCAAGAAAUAAUGUACAUAAUGAAACAUCUAUCUUAAAACUUAGUAGACAAAGCAAUUGGUUGAAGAAAAAAACUUCUCAUAAUGUUUCAUUUCGUGUAAAUGAAAACGAACGUUUAAGAAAAUGUUAUCACAAUAAAUAUCAAAAUAAUACUGAUUUUCGUAACAACGAAAAAGCUCGAAGCAAUUUACAUGUUAGAAUGAAAUAUCAUGCUGAUUCAAAUGUUCGUGAAAAAAUUAAAUCACAUUCAAAAAAAGAUAGUUUCCAAAAAUAUCAUAAUGAUAAAAUUUUUUGUGAAAAAACUAAAAUUCAAUCAAGGAAUAAUAGUUUUCGUAAAUAUCAUAGUAAUACAACAUUUCGUAAUAAAAUCAAAACAAAGUCCAAGAUUCAUAUUUUAAAUAAAUAUCAUGAUAAUUCAGAUUUUCGUAAUCAACUGAAAACAAAGUCCAAGAUUCAUGUUUUAAAUAAAUAUCAUAAUAAUUUAAAUUUUCGUAAUCAAUAUAAAGCACAUUCAAAAAAAAGAGUUUCGAAAAAGUAUAAAUCUGAUCCAAUGAUACGAAUGAAAACAAUUGAACGUGCAAUGAAUUGGUAUCGUAAAAAUAAUACACUGAUGAGACAAAAUUCCAGACGACUUUAUAAUCAAUGUAAACGUAUUCUAAAAAAAUAUAAUGCUAUUCAAAACCAUAAAUGUAUAUUUAAGCACAGAAAUUUAUACAUGAAUAAUUUGAAUAGAUUUCGACAAAUAACUAAAGAAGGACCUGAUUAUGUUUGUAUAUCAUGCCGGUUAGCACUUUUUCGUAACCAAGUGAUACCAUUCGUUGAAGAAAAAUAUAUAAAACAAACCAUGUCAGAUGAAAUAAAAAAACAUAUUCAAUCUUACUUUAUGUAUUCAUCGUCAAGAGAACUAAAAUGGAUUUGUAAAUCAUGUUCAGACAAAAUAAAGAAACGACAAAUGCCAAGCCGAGCAA